CGCCCUUCUCCUCUGUGUCCUCUGUGAGGCUUGAGGAGAACAGACAAGACAGAAGUACCAGGGGCCUUCAAGGUCACUCCGGACGCUCCCUCACUGACCCUCCAAGAGCCCCCUGCCCGCUUCUCUGCCUCCUGGCGGGAGACAGCAUGGCAGACCGGAGCGGGGAUGCGGCGGGGGACUCGCGCCCCGCGCCGGCCCCGGUGCGACGCCGGUCCUCAGCCAACUACCGCGCCUACGCCACCGAGCCGCACGCCAAGAAAAAGUCUAAGAUCUCCGCCUCGAGAAAACUGCAGCUGAAGACCCUGAUGCUGCAGAUUGCGAAGCAGGAGCUGGAGCGGGAGGCAGAGGAGCGGCGCGGAGAGAAGGGGCGUGCUCUGAGCACGCGGUGCCAGCCUCUGGAGUUGGCCGGGCUGAGCUUCGCGGAGCUGCAGGACUUGUGCCGACAGCUCCAUGCCCGCGUGGACAAGGUGGAUGAGGAGAGAUACGACGUGGAGGCGAAAGUCACCAAGAACAUCACGGAGAUCGCUGAUCUGAACCAGAAGAUCUUUGACCUUCGGGGCAAGUUUAAGCGGCCCACCCUGCGGAGGGUGCGGAUCUCUGCCGAUGCCAUGAUGCAGGCGCUGCUGGGGGCCAGGGCUAAGGAGACCUUAGACCUGCGGGCCCACCUCAAGCAGGUGAAGAAGGAGGACACGGAGAAGGAGAACCGGGAGGUGGGAGACUGGCGCAAGAACAUCGACGCGCUCAGUGGGAUGGAAGGUCGCAAGAAGAAGUUUGAGGGCUGAGCUGGCCUGACGGGCAGCCUGGCCCCAACCCUGAGGAAUAAAGCUUCUCUCUGA